AUGACUCCGGCUGUUAGUGAAUACAACGGCAGAAUAUGCGCGUUUCCUGAAGAAGAGCCCUUGCAUUUGCCAUCUUCAUAUGAGGAUCCAGCGGUCCGAAGACAGCUUGGCUUAGAGCACUUGUCUGCGACUGAGCUCGAACUUAGGAAGGGUCAAGCGCUCGACCUGUUACAGAAGCUGCGAGAAGCGGUGCGAAGGCGACGCGUGAUGCAAGCAAUGAAACGUACAAAUGUCCGACAUCAAGGCCCCCAGACUAUGGCAGCCAGAACACUGAUACGACAAAAGGAUGAAAUAGACCUUCUUACAAAUCGGUAUCGUCGGUGCUACAAAUCGAUGCUGAUUCUUGGCUUGCCAGAGGAUCACAAACAAUACCGGAACCUGGAGGAAAGCGAUGUCUAUGGAGUGGCAUUGACGCAACUUCAAGAAGAUCUCGGUACUGGCAGGCAAAGGUUGCCAUGGUACUUUCAUUUGGGUGCAGAGUUUGCAGCAGCAGACCAGAAAUCCAGCUCAUCCAAUGAAGAAUCCCUGGACGAGGCUGUUAGCAGAGUUACAUGGUGGAGAACAAAGGCUAAAGCAGACCGCUGGGCAGAAGAAGAGGAGUUGACUAGGGAAGAAAUGCGCCGCACGUUAAAGUCAUAUACCUUUUGGAGGGACAUCUGGUGCCAGAAAGCUGCAUCUGUCGGCCAGAGUACGCAGAUCGAACGAGGUCGCGCAGCGUAUGCCUACAAGCAAGGCAGUGUGUUCGCACGAUUGUACGACGAAGGCAUAAGCUUGUGCGCAACUGGACAUGAACGUGCUCGUUCGAACGUACUGACGCUCGCUCGCGAUUUGACGACAGUCAAAUCGCUCGCACAAACCCAACAAGUAUCGCAGAACGCUGCAUCCCUCCGCCCACAUUCGCCCUUCAUUCAACCGCACAAUCGAAAGCUCCGCUCAAGUCAGACUCGCUUCCCAUGCAUGCUCACCAUGGACAACGUUUCUAUCUCUGCUACCUAUUCCUCUUCGACUUCAGAUCUCGGUGGUGGGACAGAUGCUGUGAACAAAUACGAGGACGUUGCGUAUGAGGCCUACAUGCAAGGCCGUCAAGCGUACAUCGACCACUUCUUUCCGCCCAACUACGCCUCACACAGCUCUUCUAACGCCUUGUCCGCUGCUAUUCCUUUUUCGACAAUGGCUCCUACCACUGCUAUCCCGAAUGUCGAGUUCCAGCCGUCGCCGAUUGUCAUCAACAACAACUGCACGACGAAUAUCAUCCAUUCGAACAACAUUACCUAUCGCAACAACAACAACUCGCACCACAACAAUCGUAGCCGAAACGUUCAUGAAGAGGCGAAUACUAUCAAUGGAGCGACGGAUUUCGUUGCUCUCUUCAAGAAGUUUUUCUCCGCUGUUACUUGUGGCUAUCUCUUCCCGCUCGCCUGGUGA